CAUGGCGUUCCGAGUCGUCAGUGCGCGUGCGCGCGGCGCGGGGCAGCAUGGGAGUUUCGGGUCCAAAAUGGCGGCGCCCAUGGAAGAUGAAGAUCCCGUCAACUCGGACGACUUUUAUUCGCUUCUAAACUGUCCCAGAACGGCUAGUCAGGAUGAGUUAAAAGCUGCCUACAGAAGACUGUGUAUGGUGUACCAUCCUGACAAACACAGGGAGGAGGAGGACAAACAGAUAGCCGAAAAACUCUUCAACCAAGUCCACAGAGCUUAUGAAGUUCUGAGUGACCCCCAGCAGAGGACGAUCUAUGACAUCUACGGUAAGAAGGGUCUGGAUGUGGAGUGGGACGUGGUGCCGCGGACACGCACGCCUCAGGAGAUACGCGAGGAGUACGAGAGACUACAGAAGGAGAGAGAGGAGCGCAGGUUACAGCAGAGGGCUAACCCUAAGGGCACCAUCAGUGUGAAAGUUGAUGCUACUGAUGUCUUUGAUCCGUAUGAUGCUUAUGAAGAGGAAGAAAGGAGGUUUCCUCGAGUUGAGAUUUCCCAGAUGUCCAUCUCCCAGUCUGUGGACAUGCCUCUCACCAGUAAGGACACGGCCGCCCUGUCCGGCAGCCUGCAGUCCCAGAACGGGAUGGGAGGGGGCACUGUUAACUGUUCCCUGCGCAGGAUCACGUCAGACCAGGGAUGGGCAGAGUUUGAAGUUGGAGCAGGAGAGGGGCUGUUUUGGGGCCUGAAAGGCUACAGAGUUAUAUCUAAAGGCUGUUGGGGCCAGGUAUCAGGUGUGCUACAGUCCACACCCAGGGGAUUCAGACCUGGACUAAACACAGUUGUUUGUCGACAGUUGGAUAAGAACACGGCAGGUUACCUGGUGUGGAGGUGGGGCAUGGCCUCUAGUAUCAGCACUCAGGUCGUCAGGACAACUCCUGCUAGCUCGUUUAGCGCUACUGUACAGCUGGGCAUCCCCGUGUGUUACCUGUUUGCCACCUAUACCUACAAACUACAGGAUGAGGACGAGUCAAACUUCAAGGUGGCCGCCAAAGCAGGGACGUUUGGAGCGAUGGUAGAGUAUGGAGGAGAGAAGAAGAUCAGCACACACAGUCGACUGGGCGCGUUUGUGUCUGUCGGGGUACCAACGGGAGUCAUGGUCAAAGUCAAGUUGAACCGAGCGAACCAGACGUACCUGUUCCCGAUCCACCUGUGCCACGAGAUUGCGCCCAACGCCGUGUUCUACGGCUCCGUCGUUCCCGUCCUCGUCUACUUCGCACUAAAGAAACUCGUCAUGGACCCAUUCCUCAGGAGACAGAAGGAAGAAGAUUUGGAGAAGAAGAAGGAAUCCAGCAUGAAGGAGACACUGGAGAAGAAGAGAGAAGCAGAAUCAGCUGUGAGGUUAAUGCAGGCGACAGUACAGAGGAUAGUAGAAGCUGAGGAGGCAAAACAAGGCCUUGUCAUUCUGAGUGCCUGGUAUGGGAAACUGGUUGCCAGUGAGAACAGAGGGGCGGAGCCUGGGAAGGUGAUUGACGUGACAGUUCCGCUGCAGUGUCAGGUCAAGGACAGUAAGCUCAUCCUCACUGAGACCUCAAAGGCUGGGUUACCCGGGUUCUACGACCCAGCUGUGGGUGAGGAGAAGAGUCUGAGGGUCGUGUACAAGUUCCACAGUGUCAUGCACGAGGUCACGGUCGAGGAUGACCAGCCGCUCAGAAUUCCCAAACAAUCUCACAGAAUUCCCGACCCCAGCUAGCAGACGUCCAAACAAGACUGUAGCUAGAAGCAAAAUACAUGUAGCAGCCUAUGUUACACAGUAACUGUUGCUGACUAUCAGCGGCUGGUUGGGCCUCCUGCCCCAAUCAUGUCACACCAUUUCUUCACUAACAAUGUAGCUCGUAAUGAUAAUGAGAUUCAUUUUGGAAUAUUGAGUGAAAAACAUACCUCUUUCUCUCAAACUUUUCUUACAGUAAUAUUGACAGAAAUAUUAUGUAAACUAAGUUCUAUAUUGUUAAAUUCUGUCACAUCAUGCAUUGUGUAAAAUGCUAAGUACAUACAGCAUAGUAUGUACUAGUGAUAUUAUAUACAUGUAGGUCGUUUCCCAUGUUAUUCAUCAUGUGAAUAGAAUGUUCCAAAACAAAGUUAUUUAAAAGCUGUGUUGCUUUUUAUUAGUUCUCAAACUCUUUUCAAACUUGUUAAACUUGUCUGUACUGGUGCAAAUAUCGUGUAUUAAACAAAUUCAAUGCCAUACAGUCAUGUACAUGUUGUGUUUGACAAAAUUUAACAUUUUUCCUUCAUUAUACAAAGUUGAGUCGCCAACUCUCCUAUUAUUCUUAG